AUGACGUUUAUCCAUCUUUGAAUUAUUUUUUCGAAGAUUUUUUUUGAAGUCGUGUCACAAAUUGCAACUACACAUUACACAUACAGUCGAAUUAAUAAGUCCAAGAUGGCAAGCGAGGUAAACGAAAUUGCUGUUCAAGCGAGUGAAAAUAUAACAGAGAAUAAUGAGGCGAUUACUGGAAGAAUAUCAUCGACAUCUGAAGGAAUGGUUCUUGCUUAUGGAAGCUUGAUAAUUAUGGCCAUUUUACCUAUUUUCUUUGGUAGUUACCGAGCUGUUAGACACCAUAAGGAGCAGCAGCAACAAUGUAAAAAAAGUGGAGAACAACCAGACACAAUGUCGCGCAAGGAAGCAGCAAUAUUUCCUUUCAUUUCUAGUAUUACAUUAGUUGGACUAUAUGUAUUAUAUAAGAGUUAUGUCAAUGUUUUUCAGAUAUUUGCCAAGGAGUUUGUUAAUCAAAUUUUGGCUGCCUAUUUUUUUUUCUUAGGAAUCUUAGCCUUGUGUCACCUUACGAGUCCAUUAAUUUCAUCAUUGGUACCUGCUGCAAUACCAAAAACUCAGUAUCAUAUAUCAUUCACUAAAGGAGAAGGUGAUAAGUCAGAACAUAUUAUUAAUUACAAAUUUAAUCUUCAUGAUAUUGUUUGUCUAAUAUGCUGUUCACUUGUUGGAACUUGGUAUCUUUUAAAAAAGCAUUGGAUUGCCAAUAAUUUAUUUGGUAUCGCGUUUGCGAUUAAUGGAGUUGAAUUACUACAUGUGAACAAUGUUCCAACAGGAUGUAUUUUGCUUUGCGGACUCUUGUUUUAUGAUGCAUUUUGGGUGUUUGGUACAGAUGUAAUGGUAACAGUCGCGAGAUCGUUCGAAGUACCAAUUAAAUUAGUGUUCCCUCAAGAUAUAUUAGAGAAAGGACUUACAGCCAGCAAUUUUGCUAUGCUGGGUUUAGGUGACAUUGUUUUACCAGGGAUUUUCAUUGCCCUUCUAUUGCGGUUCGACAAUAGUUUAAGUCGGAAGACAAAUGUGUAUUUCUAUUCGACGUUCUUCGCAUAUUUCAUGGGAUUACUAGCGACGAUGCUGAUUAUGCAUUUAUUUAAUCACGCACAACCGGCUCUAUUAUAUCUAGUACCUGCUUGUUUGGGUACUCCUGUACUUUUGGCAUUGGCUAAGGGAGACUUAAAAGCAUUAUUUUCUUACGAAGAUCAUCCAGUUAUUCCAAAACAAACAGAACAAACUGCACAAAUGCAAGUAGAAACGAAGAAGGACACAUAAUAUUCGUAUUUAAGGUGAUCAAUGUAAUAAAACUGUCAGCAUUAUUAUUAUGCUGUUAUCGUUUCAAAUUUAUCGUAUAUAGGGAAAGAAAUGAUAGUUUCUCUUAUGCUCAAGCUGUACAAUCAUGAAAUUUAAAAGUAUCAACAACAUAUGUAAUUAUAUCUUACAUAAACAUUGUGAGAUAUAAUUUUAUGCUUGGUUCAAAUUUAGUUGACAUUCAUACAUUCAAAUUCGACUGAAUUGAUGAUUCGUAACUUAUUUUGUAUUUAUAUCCUUUUUCAUAAAUGUCAAUAUACAUAUAUAGAAAGAUUAAUAUCAAUAAUUUAUAGAUAAAUCAUUCAAGAGUGAAAGCAAAAAGAAAAAGUAGUAUUUUUUUUAGAUAAAUUGUUCCUUUGUAAGCAGAAUUUUAAAUAAGAAUUUAUAUUAAUAUGCAUAUUACAAGUAUGAAUUAGUUUUUAUUGGAUCAGAGGACCUGAAAGAAGGAAAUAAUUAGAAUAGAUUGGAAUUUUCUAUUUCUGUAUAAAAUACGACUUUUACCCUAUUAUGAAUGACUAGAUUGAAUUCCUAUUCCAAUAGAUUUAUAGUCUACAACAUAUGUUGUAUUUUAUUAGAGGUGUGGAUUACUUAAAUGAAUUAUAAAUUAUAA